ACAGUGCUAGCUACUUACAUUAGACGUAAUCAUUCAUUGUGAUAUACUUUCUGUGAUUUUGAAUUAAAAUUUUCAUACAAAAAAGUAGUGUAUUUUUUGUAAACAAACUGUUGUUUACAUUGUAUUUAUGAAAAUUAUUAAACAUAAAAAUGAUAACUAGUGCACAGUGGUUAAUUUUAGUUGGAAUAACUGCGUUACAAAUAUCAGUAUCUAAGAGUCAAGAGGAGCGCCCUCAAGAGAAGAAGCCGCAGUCAGUUAGAGAUCUCCUAAAUACAACAUCAUGUAUACAACCGCCAUAUCGGUGUCCACAUCCCAAGAUGCAGUUUUAUUUAUAUACCAGAACAACUCAAGAAAAAGGUGAACUAAUAAAUACUCUCGACAAUGACUCUUUAACGUACUCUAAAUUCAACACGAAGCAUCCGACGAAGGUUGUAGUGCACGGUUUCGGAGGAGGGCGGAACCUCUCUCCGAGUACUGACAUGAGGAAGGCAUAUUUUACCAGAGGAAACUACAAUAUCAUCAUUGUGGACUACGGGUCACUUGUGAAGGAACCCUGCCUUAGUCAGAUUGAGUGGGCUCCUCGAUUCGCGAGUCUGUGCAUAACUCAGCUGAUAGAGUAUCUGCAGAACCACCCUGUGAAGUCAGUGCCACCAGAAAAACUCCACACGAUCGGCUACAGUGUGGGAGCUCAUAUACUCGGCCUCGUCGCCAACUAUCUACACGAAGGGAAACUUGGCAGAAUUACUGGUCUGGACCCGACUAUAUUCUUCUACAUGGGGUCCAAUCGCUCCCGAGACCUCGACUACACAGACGCUCACUUUGUGGACAUCCUGCACACGGGCGCCGGUAUCCUCGGCCAGUGGGGCCCUAAUGGACACGCAGACUUCUACGUAAAUGGAGGUUCUAGCCAACCUGGAUGUGCACAUGACACUAUUUUCCAAACUCUUUCGUGUGAUCAUACAAAAGUGACUCCGUACUUCAUAGAGUCUAUCAACAGUCGUGCCGGAUUCUGGGCGGGACCAUGUUCCAGUUUAUUCUCUUACCUCAUCGGGUGGUGUGAGCCUAAGGACACGGAAUACGUGCUCAUGGGUGAACACGUUACUCACAACGCUCGAGGUGUCUACUAUGUCACUACAAACGCUAAGCCACCAUACGCCAGAGGGUUCCCGGGCAAGUCUAGAAGACUUCGCUCCAUCACCCCUUACAGCUGAUGAAUUGAAUGGAAAACUAGGAAAAUGAAACCUUACCAAAAUAUUUAAUAAAAUUAAGUACUUAGCUAAGUUAUUUUUAUCGGGGCUCAAUAAAGUUUAGGAAUUGUGGCGUGGGGUGAAUAGAGAACAACAGUAUCAUUUAUAAAUGGUACUAAAAAGAUUUUUUUAAAUAAAUUUUAAUAAUAUUAAAUAAAAAAUGUAUGUCAGAUGUUUUACAGCCACUUUUAGGGUUAAAUUAUGCUCGCCAACCUAGUUGAAUGUAUAAAAUAUCUUUGAAUAUAUUAAAAUCGACAAUAUGGUUCGUUAUCGUACAAAAAGGACCGUAUCUGUAAAAUAUAAACAUGCCAGAAAUAUAACAUUAAUACUUUAGAAUGAAGUGAAUAUUAAUCUUAAGUAGUCACUUAUUCCAUAACACGAUUCUCAAUCCACCCCAUUCCACUAUAAUUCAUAUAAAAAUAUUGCUGAUAGGUAAGUUAAUUCAUUGAAAUGUAUUAAAUUAAAAAAGGUUUUAGUGCAAUUGCAAGCAAAACUCAAUGCUUUGCGAUUAAAUAAUAAACUUCUUUAUAUUAAUUCAGUGUCAUUGACGUGGGAAAUGCGCAAGUCAGUAGUCAAUUACUAAAUUAGGUGGAAGAAAAGUGUGUUUCAUGGUAUAACUAGUACUUGAAACAGCUUAAAAUAGUCUUUAAUUUUGAAAAAUUUCGCCGAAUCAAUCAAUUCGAAAAUGGUGAAAUAUUUUCAACUAUGCUUUUAUGUUUUAGGUACUUGCCUAACUGUUCAGAAAAGUAGCUCGACCAGGUACAGGGAUUGGUUGUGGGUUCCUAUCGUAGUUUGAAAUGGAGCCAGUUACCUCGUCAUGGUUUUCAAAUGACAUUUUCAUUAAAAUCUACUGAUUAGCGUUACUCCCACUGUUGUCGUAGUACAUAAUUAAGUCAUCACCGAAUAUUGUAUCCCUGGAUAUGAUUGUGUAGUUGCUCAAAAUGAGUGUUAAUUUAUUUGAUAUUUAAGAAAUUUGUGAUAAUACUGUUAUAUAGAAUUAAACAUGGAUUUC